UUGCUCGCCGCUGGAGUGCAGAACGGAUCAAAGGGCUUGCAGGGGGCUUUUUUUUUUUAAAUUUUCCUCCCAAAUUAAUUUAAUUCCCCGUUCUCCCCUUGAAGCGCAAAAGCAAAAAAAAAAAAAGUUUGAGCCUCAGGUCUUGCAGUUCUUGCAAUUCGUCCUCCCCCCCUCCUCAAGUAAAGUUUAUAUAUUUUUUUGUUUGUGAAGUUGUAAGAAGCCGCAGUUGUUUUAAAGAUGAGUUGGGAUAGUUAUGUGACGAACCUCCUGGCCGAUGGAGAUUGUCAAGACGCGGCGAUCAUCGGCUACAAAGACGGCGUGUCCAUUUGGGCCAGCACUCCGGGAAAAACUCUGUGCAACGUGACGCCCGAGGAGAUCGCUGUGCUGAUCGGGAAGGACCGGACAAGCUUCUUGACCAACGGGCUGACCAUGGGGAAGGUCAAGUGCUCCGUCCUGAGAGACCGCUUUGAUUUUGAGGAUGAGUGGACCAUGGACCUGCGGACGAAGGCAACGGGCCAGCCCACCUACAACAUCUCUGUGGCCAAGGCAGGCAAAGCUCUAGUUGCUGUGAUCGGACACGAAGGCAAGCCUGGGGGAUGCCUGAACAAGAAAGUCUACGACAUGAUGAAGCAUUUGAGAGCCUCUGGGUACUGAUCCCGCCCCUUGACCCCUCGACUCCUCCUCCUGCACCCUGAUUGGACCGGGACCACGAAAUGGAACACGCCUGGAGAGCAGCUGCUUCAUCUGGCCACAGAAUUUAGAAUAAAAAACAACAAAAAAAUUCAAUUUCUUUUGUAUUUUUUUUUUUUUUUUAAUGUUCUAUAUAGUUUAACAGAAGCAUUUAAAUGGCAAAUCUAAAAAAAUAGUAAAUUUAAACGAAAGCAUUGUGUCCUAGCUGUGCGUCUCCAUGUGUUGCAACACUGUUUAAAAAGAGAUAGAACACAAAAAACCUGAAAUUAAAACCUGAAAAAUCA